CUGAGAAGUCUGGUGUGGGGUGGGGUAGGGAGAGGGCGUUUUCUUCCCGAUUCUAGUAGGAAACCAAGGAAAAGAGGCGGCGGCGGCUGCAUAACCUGGCCUGGGGUGCGGCCUCGGGGAACAAAGAGGUGGUGGAGGCACAGCAGCCGAGGCUUUGCGCGCUCCUCCGGCCAUGCGAACCCGCACAAAUCACCCCUGCCUGGACAGGGCGCCAGGGCUGACGAAAAUGCAGAUGUCUGGGUUUCACUCCAGCCCUGCAGGAUCACAAACUGUAUGUGGCAUCACCCAAGCAUCCGCAUUCUAAACCAGCCCCGGGCGGAGAGGUUCAGGGAGUUUGGGAACAAUCGCCCCACGCCCAAGUUCCCACAUAUCACCAAUUCAGCUCCACGACUGCGGUGGGGCCGCGCCUCAACCGAGCUUGGUCCUCUCCUUUUGGUCCCGCCCCGCUGCUCAGCGCGGAUUGGUGGCGGGGAGAAACUCUGGUGCUGAUUGGGCAGCGGCGGAGUCGCUCGUGCAGACUGUAGGGUUCGGGUGCUCCAGAGUGCUAAGUUUAUCUGCAGACCAGCGACCGCGCCAGCAGCGAAUCGGAUCUCUAUGGAGGUGGCAUAGACGAUAUCCCUGAGCUGAGAGCAUCACCCUGUCCCCGAUUCCUUCUUUCCUCUAUUUUGUUUUUCAUUCCCUUCCCUUCCCCUCCCCCCUCCAGUCCGCGACGACUGGCUCUUGACCCUGUUCAGGCCUCGGUGAAGGCUUUUGGUUACUCCCUUUGCUACCCCAUACCUUAAUUUUAUUCUUUUGAAGAGUCUGCCUUUCAAGCUGCCAAGGUGAAACGAGUGACUGCAGAAGGGAAUACUCCUUAUUUCAGAAAAGGUGUGCCAUACCAGAGAGCACCAGGAAGUCGCUUGAGAGAUCACCUGAUACACGAACGUAUGAUGUUCCAUCUGCGCAUUGAUGCAUAGGCAGCAUUUACAAAUUAACUGAUGUCUUACUGUAUAUCGUCUUUUUGAUGAUUGCUCAUCUUCUUUGUAUCCUGUCUUAUAAUUUCAACACAUUUGUGAUACUCGAUGUUUAUUCUAAAUUAACCAUGUUUUGUACCACAAACUCAUUGCCCAUGGAUCUGUUGCUGAAACAAGGAAAUCUUAAACAAGAAGUAGAAUCUUUUUGUUAUCAAAUUGUGUCUGAAUCAAAUGAUCAAAAGGUUGGAGUAUUACAAAGUGAAGAUGAACAGUUGCAGCCUUCAGUUUCUAAAAAAUCAGAAAGUGAGCUUUCCAGGGUCAAAUUUAUAUCCAAUUCCAACAAAAUAGCUUUUAGUAAGAAACCAAAAAGAAGAAAAUAUGAUGAAAGUUAUUUGUCUUUUGGAUUUACUUACUUUGGAAAUAGAGAUGCACCUCAUGCUCAGUGUGUGCUAUGUAAGAAAAUUUUAUCAAAUAGCUCCUUGGCCCCUAGUAAGCUUCGAAGACAUUUGGAAACUAAACAUGCAGCGUAUAAAGACAAAGACAUAAGCUUUUUCAAGCAACAUCUUGAUUCACCUGAAAAUAAUAAACCCCCAACACCUAAAAUUGUCAAUACAGAUAAUGAAAGUGCUACGGAGGCAUCAUAUAAUGUAAGUUACCAUAUAGCCCUGAGUGGAGAGGCUCACACAAUUGGAGAAUUGCUUAUCAAACCUUGUGCGAAAGAUGUAGUGAUGCGGAUGUUUGAUGAACAAUAUAGUAAAAAAAUAGAUGCAGUACAACUAUCAAACAGUACUGUUGCACGUCGAAUUAAGGAUCUAGCUGCUGACAUUGAAGAAGAACUUGUUUGUAGACUGAAAAUUUGUGAUGGGUUUUCACUGCAGCUAGAUGAAUCAGCUGAUGUUUCAGGACUUGCUGUGCUGCUUGUGUUUGUUCGUUAUAGGUUUAAUAAGUCCAUUGAAGAAGACCUACUACUGUGUGAAUCUUUGCAGAGUAAUGCUACUGGUGAAGAAAUAUUCAACUGCAUCAACAGUUUUAUGCAGAAACAUGAAAUUGAAUGGGAAAAAUGUGUUGAUGUUUGUAGUGAUGCUUCUAGGGCAAUGGAUGGGAAAAUUGCCGAGGCUGUCACCUUGAUAAAAUAUGUGGCUCCUGAAAGCACCAGUAGUCACUGCCUAUUAUAUAGACAUGCACUAGCAGUUAAAAUAAUGCCUACAUCUCUAAAAAAUGUGUUGGAUCAGGCAGUACAAAUCAUCAACUAUAUUAAAGCUCGACCACAUCAAUCCAGACUACUAAAAAUUUUAUGUGAAGAAAUGGGUGCCCAACACACAGCACUUCUCCUAAAUACAGAGGUGAGAUGGCUUUCUCGAGGUAAAGUUCUUGUAAGACUUUUUGAGCUUCGACGUGAACUGUUGGUUUUCAUGGAUUCUGCUUUUCGACUCUCUGAUUGUUUAACAAAUUCAUCUUGGCUGCUAAGACUUGCAUAUCUCGCAGAUAUUUUUACUAAAUUAAAUGAGGUUAACUUGUCAAUGCAAGGCAAAAAUGUGACAGUUUUUACAGUGUUUGAUAAAUUGUCAUCUUUGUUAAGAAAAUUGGAAUUUUGGGCCUCAUCUGUAGAAGAAGAAAACUUUGAUUGUUUCCCCACACUCAGUGACUUUUUGACUGAAAUUAAUUCUACAGUUGAUAAAGAUAUUUGUAGUGCCAUUGUACAGCACCUAAGGGGUUUGCGCUCUACUCUGUUAAAAUAUUUUCCUGUAACAAAUGACAAUAAUGCUUGGGUUAGAAAUCCUUUUACAGUAACUGUUAAACCAGCCUCAUUAGUAGCACGGGACUAUGAGAGCUUGAUUGAUUUAACAUCCGAUUCUCAAGUAAAACAAAAUUUCAGUGAACUUUCACUAAAUGAUUUUUGGAGUAGCCUAAUUCAAGAAUACCCAAGUAUUGCAAGGCGUGCAGUUCGUGUACUUCUUCCUUUUGCUACAAUGCAUCUGUGUGAAACAGGGUUUUCAUAUUAUGCUGCAACAAAAACAAAAUAUAGGAAAAGACUUGAUGCUGCACCUCAUAUGCGGAUACGACUUAGCAACAUUACACCUAAUAUUAAACGGAUAUGUGAUAAAAAGACACAAAAACACUGUUCUCAUUAAAAUUGGAGGGUUUUGCAUGUCUCUUGAUAACCAAAUGUAAGAUGAAAAUAAAAGAUGAUUUACUUCAUCUCUGGUGUUUGGAAGUUUAAAAUGAUUGAAUUUUUUUAAUACU